AUGUUUGAGUCUAUUCUCGUUAAACUUCCGGGCCAUUUAGAAACGAUUAUUUCAUGGGUCAAUAUGGAACGACGUCUUUCUUCAGGCAUUGACAAUUCUAUUGCUAUAUUAAAACGAUUUAUUGAUAGUAAUACAUGUGAUAUUUAUGCGAAGGCGGCUUUGACUACAGAAUGGAUCAGAUUAAUUUGGAAGAUUAAAGGCUCUCCUGAAGAAGCUCGUAAAAUGUUUCAAAAAAAUGCUUCAAUAUAUCUUGACAGUCGCUAUUUCUGGAUUAAUUAUUUAAUGUUUGAAAUGGAACAACCUGUUUCUCCUGAUACUGCAAAAAAUGCACAUAAUCGAAUUUCUGAAGUUAUUACUUUAAUUCGAAAAACAGCACGUCUUCCUCCACUUGUAAUUAAGGAUUUAACCCAUGUUUAUAUGGUUUAUCUUCUAGAGCGCGCACCUAUUCCAGGUGCUAUUUUAGAAUACAAUAGGUUGGAUAGAGAAGUAAAUGGACCAUUUAGUGUUCAAAUUGAAAAUAAACAAAAAUUAUCGGAAGACGGUGAUGCUAAAACAUAUGAACGCAAACUUCGCUUAACAAAUGGACAUCCUGGUGUAGAAAUUAAUGAAGCUGAUAUUCGUGCUGGAAAAAGUCCUUAUGAUAAAUAUUAUAUCGAACAAGGAGAGAUACCACCCAUCACUGUAGGGCAUAAUGUUCAACAAGAAUCAUAUUCAUAA